AUGGUUCGUUUAAAACAUCGAUGGAUUUUGUUUGAAACUUUAUUUGAAGACACAUCUCAACAAGAUACGUCAGUCGAUUCAUUAACAUCUCAUGAUAUUUUUACAACCGUAAAAGAAUCUAUUCAAUUAAAUUUUGGAGACUACGGGCGUGGAUGUGUCUCUUCUUCACUAAAUGGUACAAUUAAACAAUGUCAAACAUUAAUUAUUGAAUAUGAUAAAGAACAAAUACUAGAAAAUGAAGAAUUGGAUGAUACCUAA